GCGUUCUGGAGGCGCCGCCGCCGCCGCUCUCGAGGCCGCCGCCGCCGCCGUCGCCGCGCAGAGCCGGAGCAGGAGCCACGGCCGAGAGGAGGGAGGAGGAGGAGGAGGAGGUGGAGGAGGCGCCGGACCGUGGGGAUUGUCAGUGUUUAAAAAGACCACAUCAUGCGUGAGUACAAGCUAGUGGUCCUUGGUUCAGGAGGCGUGGGGAAGUCUGCUCUGACAGUUCAAUUUGUUCAGGGAAUUUUUGUUGAAAAAUAUGACCCAACGAUAGAAGAUUCCUACAGAAAGCAAGUUGAAGUAGACUGCCAACAGUGUAUGCUCGAAAUCCUGGAUACAGCAGGAACAGAGCAAUUUACAGCGAUGAGGGAUUUGUAUAUGAAGAAUGGCCAAGGGUUUGCACUAGUAUAUUCUAUUACAGCUCAGUCCACGUUUAAUGACUUACAAGACCUGAGAGAACAGAUUUUACGGGUUAAGGACACAGAAGAUGUUCCAAUGAUUUUGGUUGGUAAUAAAUGUGACCUGGAAGAUGAGCGAGUAGUUGGCAAAGAACAGGGUCAGAAUUUAGCAAGACAGUGGUGUAACUGUGCCUUUUUAGAAUCUUCUGCAAAGUCGAAGAUCAACGUUAAUGAGAUAUUUUAUGACCUGGUCAGACAGAUAAAUAGAAAAACACCAGUGGAAAAGAAGAAGCCUAAAAAGAAAUCAUGUCUGCUGCUUUAGACCCACAAUAAGCAGCAGCUCUGAGCCAGAUUACAGGAAUGAAGAACUGUUGCCUAAUUGGAAAGUGCCAGCAUUCCAGACUUCAAAAAAUAAAUCUGAAGAGGCUUCUCCUGUUUUAUAUAUUAUGUGAAGAAUUUAGAUCUUAUAUUGGUUUGCACAAGUUCCCUGGAGAAAAGAAUUGCUCUGUGUAUAUCUCUUGGAAAAUAAGACAAUAGUAUUUCUCCUUUGCAAUAGCAGUUAUAACAGAUGUGAAAAUAAAUAUACUUGACUCUAAUAUGAUUAUACAAAAGAGCAUGGAUGCAUUUCAAAUGUUAGAUAUUGCUACUAUAAUCAAAUGAUUUCAUAUUGACCUUUUUAUCAUGUUUCCUCCCUGUCAAGCACUAAAAAGUUGAACCAUUAUACUUUAUAUCUGUAAUGAUAUAGAUUAUGAAAAUUUGCCCUCAGACUCAUUGCAGCAGAUAACUUUUUUGAGUCAUUGACUUCAUUUUAUAUUUAAAAAAUUAUGAAAUAUCAUUCUGUCAUUAUAUUCUAAUUAAAAUUGUUUGUGCAUAAUGCUUUGGAAAAAUGGGUCUUUUAUAGAGAAAAAAACUGGGAUAACUGAUUUCUAUGGCUUUCAAAGCUAAAAUAUAUAAUAUACUAAACCAACUCUAAUAUUGCUUCUUGUGUUUUACUGUCAGAUUAAAUUACAGCUUUUAUGGAUGAUUAAAUUUUAGUACAUUUUCA